AUGGAUUUUGACGUUACCUGCAACUGUGGCGGUAAAGUGAACGUCAAUGAUUGGCAAUUGAACAAAAAUGGUUUGUUUCAUAGCAAGGAGGUGGAAAACGUGCUUUUCCCGCAAACUGACUAUCCCUUUUCCCAUGUGGAAGUCAGGCUUUUUGACUGUGUCAUGCCUGGAGCUGUUGCCAUGCUGGACCUUAAACAUUUCAUUAAUUGCAUGGGAAUGCAAUUAAAAAUAUUGAACAGAUAUCAGCAGCCAGUUGUGACACCUGGAUUGUGCAAUAAUGACAAUGUAAACCACUUUUCCAUAAGAAAAAUGAUCUGCGAAUUUGUAUCAUAUUUUCGUACGUACAUGAACAGCAUCAGGUGGGAUCUCGGUGCAUUAGAAGCGGUGAUGCCCGAAAUUAAUAAAGAUGUAGAUACUUUAUUUAACUGCAUCAAGCACUUUCUUGGCAUGCUGCGCAGCAUCCCAGAUGCAACUCUGCAUUACGCUGCUUCCAACAUAGGCAAUAAGUGCAAACAGCCAGAAUUCCAUUUGUACCAUAUGCAUAUAGAAUUAAGGUGGCUCUUUGUCACGUUGGUAUACUCGAGGACUAUGUGGUACCAAUACCAAACGCACACGCAGCUGGAAGACUUUGAAAAUACCGCUGGAAUGGUCGUCAGUGAUCUCGUAUAUUCUACCUUGAAAGUAUUCGAAAGGUUAUCCCUAAACUGGGCUACGGAUCUCGCACAGAAGACACCCUAUAACUGCACAUGCACGCGGGAAUUGUGGCUCAUGCUCCAACUACUUACUGACAAUCUACAGGACAGGAUGAAGGGCAAGACAUUCUGGGAUUAUGUAAAUAGCUGUAUUGACCGAGUGUUAAAUAAAGACCACGCUCCAGUGGUGUCUUGGCGUAGUAACGUAGAUUCCUCUCUGCCAGAUUGCAAAAAUUCCGAACUCUUCUGCAUCUGGAUAAUAUAUCACUUGUCGCUGUUGUACGGUUACAGCGAUGACGGCGCGUACCUGCAAUCUAAUUCGUCGAGGAUCAAAUCCAACUAUGAGCAGAUUGAGAAGAUCCUAAAAGCGUACGUAUGUAAAGGUGGGAAGGAUGGCGAGAGGGACGAACUUGAUGUCGAGCUCAAGCUCAUAAUACCGUUGUUGCACAAUCUCGUUAUUAAUUGGUGGCAACCACGAGUACCGAUCAUAUCUUUCCUCUGGGACUGCUUCCACAAAAGAUUGAACCAACCGUUCUUGCUACAAGUCUCUGGGCCCUGGGCCCUGUCUCUUGAAAAAAAAACCGCUGCAGAUAUUCUGAAGCAAAUUAAUAAUAGGAUUUAUGGCAAAUUUGAGUACUCUAAGGAAUCUAGCUACAGUAUGUUUUUGCAUUUAAUAGGUACGUUUUUAAAGAAGUACGGCGAGACGGACCCGAAAUAUUGGAAUCAAAUUAAAGGACGCGUGUACACGAAAUUCUCGAAGAACAAAGUUACCGAGUUCUCCGAGAGUGGCCUCUAUAAUUUCAUAUCCUUGUUCAUCACUUUAGCCAUUACUGCAGACACUACGAAUGUGUGUACAACAAUGUUGGAUCUCUUGCCACCUACGCAUGAAUUGAACAACGAAUAUAAUAAAAGGUGCAGUCUAAUCUGGAAAGGAAAACUGGCGUGUCUUCUGCUGUUCAAUGAAAGAAGACUAUCUCUUGCUUCCAUAGCCGAUCAUUUUACAGAAACGAUCAAUCUAGUAAGCUGUCGUAAAGACGAGACUUCUCGUUCUAUGAUGAUGAAUUUCGUUGAUACGUUAAACACGAUUUUAUCCGGCAAUCAGAAAAUGGACCUGGGAGAGUACCACUUCAUUGGCGGUUGGAUCGAUCGUUACCUCUUGGAGUGUCCGAAGAACAGAAUCGCGUCAUUACUGGGAAUGCUCGCUAAUGUGUUUGAGAAGUGUAUUAGUUUGCAAGUUUCAUCUGACAAUUCAGAUGGGGUCAGAAAAAUGUUAGAUGCACUGUGGUGUUUUGUUGCUUGUAGAGUUCGCCAACUCGUUUUCGAUCCCGUCCUUAUUGGUGACAAUUACAAAGAUAUCUCGAAACUAGCUGUCAUAUUUACGCUGGAAGCAGGUAGAGAUCCAGCUACCGCUAAGAAGUAUAAGCACUCAGUUGUUUCUCUGUUUCAACAUUUUGCAGCGUCGGUUUUUGUGAAGGACAUAAGAAUUACUCAGUAUUAUUUAGCGUCAAUCCUCGAGAAAGGACAAGCUGUGCAAAGCUUGAAAAAAGAAAUUCCAAACUUUGAUAUUAUUCUUAUUCAAGCCUGGAUCAAAUGCUCCAUCGUCGGUUACGGUGCGAACAAGGAGGAAAUGAAGAGUUUGCAGAGUUACAUUGUCGAUCUCAGUGAAAUCAGGGAAAUAUUUGUAUCGGACCGUGAUCUGCAGGAAUUUAAAAAUAGUGAUGAACCUAUUUUAACAUUCAUGAUAUCGUUCAUGAAGAAGCAGAACACUUUAAAGUCCGAACAGGAGAAGCUUCAGUAUAACGCAAGGUGCAAGGUGUACUUCAAGAAUUUGGAGAAGUGGGUGCUGAUACCUAUAACAGAGGAACUGAAAGACUCGGAACUCGCAUUUUGGACUUACAGAUGCCUCGGAACAUUGAUUCUCUGCAUGUCGCCGACGUUGUACACUAAAAAUCAACCAAACGACAUGUUAAGAACACUCGUGAACAAAGUCAUAUUGGUGCCCGAGAACUCCACGCAAACGUAUAUAAGGCACUUGGGGAAAAGGAUAUUCUCCAUGAUAAUGCUGGGCCUGGAAAAAUUAAACGUUAAAGGCGAUAUAUUGCUGCAAGCCAUGAUCAGAGAUAUUUUCGAUCAAUAUCUGCCAAUCUUGAUAGCCGAGACGAAUAACAGCUGCAGUCUCAAGAUCUCCGACACGCUGUUGAAGUGCUUCAAGGAGGCUAAGUCCGAGUUCCUGCGCUCGAUCUUCGAAACGUUGAUGUCGAAUUUUUAUAUCACGUCGUCCGACAAUAUCAUGCACAGACACUCCAACCUGAUCACUUGGCUUAUAAAAACCUUGCUCAACGAGGGAAGAGUGUAUCCCAAACAUAUCACGGUACACAUCGUUCAAAUUUGUUCUCCAAACAUCUUUGGCUGCUACAUGAAGGUUCAUGAUCAUCAUCCACACAAGCUGCAUACUAUCGAGUUCAUCAGUGACGUAAUUAAGAGUCCUUAUUACGAAGACGAUCAAUCGAUUAGGGAGAAAUUCCAGGCUGCCGUUUCUACUGCGGUGCAAAAAUACCUGACGCUAAACACGCAGUUUACGUUCGAGUUUAUACGAUCUGUUUUGCCAAUAAGAAAAAGCAUUAUUAUCAAUUUGUUCCCGCAGAUUGAAACUAUCGUACUUCACGCCGAGCAAUACCGUCGACCGAACGCGGCGUCUCUGAGAUUCAUGUGGAACCAACUGAAGAAGCACAUGCUAAGUAUGGACAAUAAUUCGUGACAAGACUAUAAAAAUUUAUUAGUAAGCACUAAAUACUCUAGACGUCAAUUUCGAUUCUAUAUAUAUUUCUAAACCAAUUGCCGCAUCACUUAACUGCUAUUUGAACUCAAUCGAUAUGCAUAUAAAUGUCUCGACGGAAACGUCAUAAGUUAACUCAAGUCUUUACAUCAAGUUAAAGUACAUAGCAGAAGAUUAAAUUAUCUCGCUCCGCAUCGUACGUUGAAAGGUCCGAUGAAAGAUAAUUGUAUAAAAUAAAGUGUAAAUUGUCACAUGUACAUAUAGAGGUACCACGAAUAAUAAUAAUAAUUAGCUGCA